AUGAUGAUUGAUCAUGGAAAAUGGAAUGUGGUUGCCGACAUUAUUUUUAGCCAAAGGAGCUUGGCUGGAGAUGAUGGGACGAUACACUGCUUGUGUUCGAGAGCUUUUGUACAGUAAGUGAGCUAGCGAGCUAUAGCGAACGUUACAAGUACAACACACAAACUGUGUUGCACUGUUUUCACUUUGUGACUGUGUCCUCUUUUUCUCCCGGUGUAGGGAUCGUGAGUUGUACAGAUCUGACCGUAAAGCCAUCACUGACCUGGCUGAAGCCGGUGGGCUACAAGGUAGGACAUAACCAAUGAUGUUUGUAUACAUCAUUGGACAUAAGUUCCCUAGCCAAGUAAAGCUCAACUCCACGAUGUACUUCACAUCAAAGGCGUUGAUCAGACUAGGGUGACCGACUGGAGCUCAGACAUCACAUACAAUUUUGUUUUGAUCAAAAACGACGGAUUUCAUCAUCCAAGGAGAAGCACGCAAUUACACAGGACCUUGUCCUAUGUAAUUGCUGGCUAUGGUUGCUGAAAUCCAUAUUUUUUUGAGAAAAACAAUAAUUUUAUGUGACUUGGAACUCCAGUAAGCCCACACUAGUUGCAGAUCAACUCCGUUGAUGUGAAGUACGUCCUGGAGUUGAGUUUUACUUGGCUAACCUCUCCCAAUGAUUGACAUUGACAUGCAUGUUGCCAACCUUUUCACAAGCUUUUUUAAACCUGAAAGUUGUCUGUAACUCUGCCUAUUGUUGCACUCACAGAGGCAGAGGAUGAGCAUGGAGAUGACCAGGCAGAAGAUGAAGAGACUGAAGAGGAGGAGGAGGAGGAGGAUGAUGGACCAAUCGAUGAAGAAGCCCAGCUUAUGGCCAGCAUGGGACUGCCUGUAGAGUUCAUAAGCUCCUCUGCACAGAGGAAAUCUGUAAGUAGUAGCAAGUAAACAUUGCCUAUGUUUAUCCUUCACAAUAGAGUCCACCUAAAAUAAAGAAAAUAAGUAAUGUUGCUCCGAUUACUGAUGUGCGGGUUGACUCAUAACCCGCAGUCCCCACGGUUAUAUCCGCAGGGCGGGCGGGUUUAGGGUCAUGAAAUAUUGUGUGGAUGAAGGGCGGGGUGGGUGGUGGGCGGGUAGAAUAAAAAGAAAACUAUACCUUAAUAAUUCAUAAAUGUAUAAUUCUUGUGCAAUUUAUGUCUAUAGGCUACAUUGAGGUUUUUCUUUCAUUAUUUUAGGCUAUCUAGCAUUAGUGCGUAAGCCUAAGCUUUAGGGCCUAACUGUACACACGCCAAAUAGCCUACAUGCCAAUCGCCAAAUGCUUUUGGGAAUGGGCAGAAAAAGAUUGAGGAGCUAUACAAAUUCAACAGUCACAAGAUGGGGACUUCAAAUAUGCCUAUGGCACAUCAAGUGAACUGUAGCCUACUGUUCAGAUGGGUUACAUGGAAACUGAAAUCUGGACACUGAUCAUAGGUCUAUAACCUCUCACAUAGCCUUAAUAUUAACUCCUGCAGAAGUAAGCAAUUCUUGCAGUAAAAUGAUACACCAAAUGUAGGCUACAUUUUGACUCGGGGAACAGGAGAAAUAUGAUUUAUUUCUUUCAACAUCUUGAGAGAAUGCUAAUGCACAGUUAGGGACCAUCUGUAGUGGUGCUAUCUUUAUCAGCAUCAUAGCAUUUCAACCACAUAAAAUAGUCUAUGCAUUCAAGCCGAACUGAAAUAUUAUCAGAAACAUGUUGGCUCGUUUUCACAUCUUUGUUAUUGCAUGUUAUCCCGGUCCCUAAACGUAUUUGCGCCACGAAACAAACAGAGAUGACAGAGAGAACUUUUCCGAUGUCAACUAGAUUGAAGCAUUCAUUCUAUCGAUUUAUGACAUUAUUCUGAAGAGCAAGAGUUUAUUUAGUCUUCUAGGGCAACAUAUAAUGACAUAAGAGAAGCAGCAUGUAUCUAAUUAUAGACAAGGUGACUAACAAAUAGCCUACCAAAAUGUUGUAAAUUAUCAUCAGAAACAUAUCUAAAUCAGGCAAAAAAAAUCCUGCACCAACUGUCAAAUAAUCUUUCUACCAUUUCUGACUGUAGCCUACAGUGCAUGUUCUAUGUUUGUGGGUUAGGGUUAUUAUCAAUUGCGCACAGUUGCGUGUGAACAAACAGCUGACCCGCACACCACUAGCUCCUAUGCUGUCUUUCACCUAGUGUCCUUGUCUCUCCUAAAGGGGAGAAAGUUAAGAAGGAAGAAUGCUAACCACUGGGAAGCAGCCCCUGAGAAUCUGGAUGAAGAUGAUCCACAUCCACUCCAGUUGCAGAAGGAUGAUCCCAGUGUUGAAAGCACAAAUCCGGCGUUUGAUUGGUUUGAUCUCAGUGAGAGGCCAGGAGGAGAGGCAGACGCAGAACCUCAACCUACCCAGGCCCAGGAGGGUUGGGAAGGCUACUGGAGCCAGCAGGGAGAGGGGUUGUUGUGGCAGGGCUGGUUGGAGAAGCACCCUGAGACCUCCAGCUGUCCAGCCACAGCAGAGCCCCCCUGGGACUGCCCAGGCACUAAGGAGGCAUGGGAGCAACACGCCAGCCACACCUUUCUCUACUACUGGGAGCAGUUCAACUACUGGGCAGCCCAGGGAUGGACCACAGACUAUUCAAGCAGUGCACCCAUUGAACCAAAGCAGCCUGGACAGGAGGGUGAAGCCGAGGGAGAGCCAACUCCUUGUUGUGACCCACGGGAGUCUGAGUUUGGAGGAAGGCUGGAGCGGAGUGAGGCGGGCACUAGUGAAGUGGUCGAUCUGAUUGGGCAGAUGAGCCUUCUGUCAGAGGGAGUUGGCCAGUGUGAUUUGAGCAAACAACAAGCGGACCAUGUCUGUGGAAAUGAUGAUGAACCUUGUGAUGGUGGUAAUCGUAAAAGACCUGCCUCCUCAAAAACCAAGUCCACUGAAUCAAGAGGUGAAUCCUUCCACCUACAUACAUUAUAUUUCUGUCUCUCAGUUCAGUAAACUGUCCUGUAUCAUUGACUGACACUAUAUUGAUAUAGCAGUGAUUCCCCCAGUUCUAGCUCUCAAAUCGAUUAAAACCUAAAUAUUAGGGCUGUGACAAUACCAGUAUCCUGAUUUUUUUUUUUUUUUCAUGGCAAAAUGAAAACACGAAGUAGACCUCACUCUUUGGUCCUUUAGAGUCCUGUUGUAUGUCAAAUAUGGUGUGCUAUAGCUUGGAAAAUAAAUACAUGUGACUCUGGAUGACAACAUAAUAAUGUUUGUUUCCAGCAUUAGGGCUGUUUUCCUAAAUAAUUUAAAAUCCGCUUUGUGUUUUGUUUCCUUGCCACAAUACUAACGAGUAUCGCCAUACUGGUAUCGUCCCAGCCCUACUGAAGAUGUCAUUAGAGUAGCCUAUUGCAACCAGGCAGCCAAAUGAUAUUACAUAUUAUUGCUAUAGCCUACUCAACAUGGGUAGGUGAUAGCAAUAUGUCCUACAAACCACCUUUUUAAAACAUAUAUUUUAGUCCUUGUAAUUUGGGGCUUUUUCCAAACUGUGUGUUCACUCUGUCUGAAUAUUUUAUGCAUCAUACUAUCAAAAGAUGUGUUCCUUUGAAUGAAAGGACCAUGUGACACAGGCCCAUGCAUUGUUAAUGGCUCCUCUUGUCUGAGAGAGCAAAGCUCCACUGCCUGAAUCAAAGGCAGUCUCCUCUCCUCUCUGUGACUUUGUAGACUGGGAUGGAUGCUCUCUAAAAAUGGAACUUUCCAUCUUGUCUGUAACUGAUCCCACACAACACAACACUGCUGUCAUUUCUAUUUCAUAGUAUCUCUGUUUUUAUCUUGCAUUGUUAAACACCACAUGCCGACUUUGCUUUCCCUGUUUUAUCCUCUCAGAAAACAUGUUGAAGGGACAAAUGGAUGUACACUUUUUUCCCCUUCAGAUUCCAAACAGGACGGGUGUCACCAGAAAAAUAACAAUGGAUCAAGUGAGAGAAGAGCAUCUAAUAGUGAUGAAGAUGAUGAUGAUGAACCACCAGAUGGAAGAGUCACAAAACUUAAGCGAAGGUAAGCUAAAUGGCAAUUUAUUUAUAUUUCCAUGUCUUGCAGUAUUGUACAUUAUUGUCCUCUAUUCCUCCUGUUGGCAUAGCAAUAUACACUGCUCAAAAAAAUUAAGGGAACACUUAAACAACACAAUGUAACUCCAAGUCAAUCACACUUCUGUGAAAUCAAACUGUCCACUUAGGAAGCAACACUGAUUGACAAUAAAUGUCACAUGCUGUUGUGCAAAUGGAAUAGACAACAGGUGGAAAUUAUAGGCAAUUAGCAAGACACCCCCAAUAAAGGACUGGUUUUGCAGGUGGUGACCACAGACCACUUCUCAGUUCCAAUGCUUCCUGGCUGAUGUUUUGGUCACUUUUGAAUGCUGGCGGUGCUUUCACUCUAGUGGUAGCAUGAGACGGAGUCUACAACCCACACAAGUGGCUCAGGUAGUGCAGCUCAUCCAGGAUGGCACAUCAAUGCGAGCUGUGGCAAGGUUUGCUGUGUCUGUCAGCGUAGUGUCCAGAGCAUGGAGGCUAUACCAGGAGACAGGCCAGUACAUCAGGAGACGUGGAGGAGGCCGUAGGAGGGCAACAACCCAGCAGCAGGACUGCUACCUUUGCCUUUGUGCAAGGAGGAGCAGGAGGAGCACUGCCAGAGCCCUGCAAAAUGACCUCCAGCAGGCCACAAAUGUGCAUGUGUCUGCUCAAAUGGUCAGAAACAGACUACAUGAGGGUGGUAUGAGGGCCCGACGUCCACAGGUGGGGGUUGUGCUUACAGCCCAACACCGUGCAGGACGUUUGGCAUUUGCCAGAGAACACCAAGAUUGGCAAAUUCGCCACUGGCGCCCUGUGCUCUUCACAGAUGAAAGCAGGUUCACACUGAGCACAUGUGACAGAGUCUGGAGACGCCGUGGAGAACGUUCUGCUGCCUGCAACAUCCUCCAGCAUGACCGGUUUGGCGGUGGGUCAGUCAUGGUGUGGGGUGGCCGCACAGCCCUCCAUGUGCUCGCCAGAGGUAGCCUGACUGCCAUUAGGUAUCGAGAUGAGAUCCUCAGACCCCUUGUGAGACCAUAUGCUGGUGCGGUUGGCCCUGGGUUCCUCCUAAUGCAAGACAAUGCUAGACCUCAUGUGGCUGGAGUGUGUCAGCAGUUCCUGCAAGAGGAAGGCAUUGAUGCUAAGGACUGGCCCGUCCGUUCCCCAGACCUGAAUCCAAUUGAGCACAUCUGGGACAUCAUGUCUCGCUCCAUCCACCAACGCCACGUUGCACCACAGACUGUCCAGGAGUUGGCGGAUGCUUCCAGGUCUGGGAGGAGAUCCCUCAGGAGACCAUCCGCCACCUCAUCAGGAGCAUGCCCAGGUGUUGUAGGGAGGUCAUACAGGCACGUGGAGGCCACACACAAUACUGAGCCUCAUUUUGACUUGUUUUAAGGACAUUACAUCAAAGUUGGAUCAGCCUGUAGUGUGGUUUUCCACUUUAAUUUUGAGGGUGACUCCAAAUCCAGACCUCCAUGGGUUGAUACAUUUGAUUUCCAUUGAUAAUUUUUGUGUGAUUUUGUUGUCAGCACAUUCAACUAUGUAAAGAAAAAAGUAUUUAAUAAGAUUAUUUCAUUCAUUCAGAUCUAGGAUGUGUUAUUACAGUGUUCCCUUUAUUUUUUUGAGCAGUGUAGUACCAUUACCAAGAAUAGUAUAACUGGAAAUUACCGUUUUAUGUGGCUGCCAUAUAUGCUGCCAGUAAAUUACAUAUUUUUUAAUAGGGGAUUGAAUUGAACUACGAUUCAAGUUGUAAAUGAUUACAUUCACUGCAUCAUAGCCAAUAAAGAAAAAGUGUCAGCCAGGGGAAUGAAUGCUUAUGUCUUUUCAAUUUCAGUUUGAUCCAAGGAGAUGUUCAUGUCCAAGACAUAGAUUUCGAUGCUUCGAUGAUAAACACUCCAUGUUUCAAUAACCAAGGAUUCUGUAAAUGGAAUCUGUAUGCAUGAAAAUCAGUAAACAUCACAUGAUGGCCCAUUCCAACCCAAAGCCUGGUAUUGGGGACUGAUAUGUGAUUUAGCCUACACAAUGCUUUGUGAGACUAUAACAAUAUUUUUCUGCAUUUUCCUUUUUUCUUGUCUAUUGCAUCUCAUAAACGUUCUACUGUUGGCCACACUUCUACUGCGUCCCGAAUGGCACCCUAUUCCCUAUAUAGUGUACUACUUUUGACCAGGGCCCUAUAUUAAAAAGUGUACACUAUAUAGGGUAUAUGGUGCCAUUUGGGAUGGAGCCUUGUUCGAUCAUUGUGAUGGUGUGUAAGGCUAAUGUUGUGUAUUGAUCUAUCGUCUACUGAUCUGGUGAUUGACACAGUCAUGAACUGGAUGUGGAGGAGAACCCUCAGAUGUCUGUGGAUGACGCCUGGGAUAAACUGGGAUUAAAGCGCAGCCACGACCCCAUGUAAGUCAGCAUUACUCCCUCAGACAUGGGCUGUGUCCCAAAUGGGAGCCUAUUCCCUAAAGAGUGCACUACUUUUGACCAGCCUGUUAUAUGUACAAAUGGUUGAGAUUGUCCUCUUAGGAUAUCAGUCUCUCUUCAUAGAUUCUUAGAAUAUCAGUUUCUCUUCAUAGAUUCUUAGAAUAUCAGUCUCUCUUUAUGUUUAUGUUUUUUUAGGAUUGAGAGCGUGCUGAAGUUUAAGCCCAGCCCCAGUCACCACCAUGGUAGUAAGGCAUGGAGGAAUAGGAAGCAACAUGGAGGGAGGAAAGCAGCCUGCUACAUCAACAAGCACACCUUCUUCACUGAAGAGGGAGAUACCACAGAGCCAAAGAUGACCAAGACCUUUCAAAAAGUAAGUCUUCUGAACAUUUUACCAAUUAUUUUCACACAAACAGUACAAUCAUUAUUGAUUGCGAUACAAAGCGAAUCACCCUCGUUUUAGUACCACACACACAUUUCAUAGCAGCUCCUGACUGGAUUAGGAGGAGGAUGCCCUGUGGUUGACACUGGGGGAGCCUUGUCAGAGAGGUCUCAGCCUCAGUCUCCACUGGCAGAGAGAGAAAAUGAGAGUACAGCCAAUACUCCCAUCCUCCCUCCCCUCCUGUCAGUGCUGGCCUCCUCUGACACACCACAUCUCUUUAUGCAUUCAGCUGCUGUUUUCAGCCAACUGAAUCUAUUUACAAUGAGCUACCACAUAGCACUGUACUGGUCCGAGGGUAGCCGCACUGUUUAAAGUUUGUAUCAUCCGCUUAUUUGAGUCGGUCACAUUUUAAUUGGUAAGACUACCUUUGGAUGGCUGAUGUAGGAAGUUCACAUCACUGGCUGACCUUGAGGAGUAAAGGGAGAGUGUGUUCAGCUGGUCCCUAUGAACUCAAACAUGCUUAUUCACACCAUGAUAGAGAGGUUAAGAAAUGCAGCUAUUCUCUGUUUGCUGACUAUGCGGGAUUGUAUUAUCCCAAAGAAAUUGGAACUUGUCAAAGUACUGCACUUCAAAUAAGGAGAUGCUUAAUGACUUACUGUACCUACAGGUAUAGUUUCCCCAUUGAAGUGGACAUCAGUGUGUUUCUACUGAGUUGGCACUGAAUUGAGACAUUAAGUCAUGUGUCGCGCUGUGGGAGGACUUAAACCAGUUAAAUGCAGUGCUUUUCCAUUGAUCUCUUUGUUUGAACUCACUGAAUUGAUCUUCUGGGCAAGACUUGCAGUAUUUACUGUCUGCAGCAAAUGGCACCAUUAUCCAGCAGGCACAGUAGAAAUGACUUGAGCCCUGUUGAGGCCUACUUUAAAGUCUGGUUUCAUUGUGAUAUUUCUCUGUUCAUCUAGCGUUCAUUGGUCAUGUGUGUUUCUUGUACACACUCACUCAUGUGCUGCUCUGUUUUCAGGUUCAGAGUUUCCUCCAGAGGGUUCAGAAAGACAACAGCACACACACAGCCUUCACAGACAGGUCAGAAAGCCAGUCACAUGAGCACGGGGAGCAUGCCGACAGGGAGAGCCCUGCUUGUCCACAGUCAGAGGGAAAAGAGGAGAGACUGGAAGAAGAGAUGGAGAAGGAAGAUAGUCCUCAACUCUGUUUGGAGUUGGACUGUACUGAGCAGCUCCCUCAACCCUCCCAGCAGAACAUCUUCACCAAAAUAGAGGAGGAAGAGGAUGACGAGAUUAAAUUCAGAAGAGAGGUGUACUCACUGGACAUACCAGACUACUUAAAUCACAAUGCACCUGAACACAAUAACACAGGUGGGUUUGCCUUAACAGCUGGUUUAGACCUUUUUCUAACCCAGGGCUUCUUUAUAAAGAGUUCAUGUCAGAUCUAUACUUGUUGGGGGGUAUUUCCUGUUUGAUUGUUGAAGUCUUGUACAAUGUACUACUUUUGCGCUGCCUAUUUCCCAGAGUCUACUGGGAAGAGGGGUAAGAAAAAGAAGAAGAACAAGAAGACAAAGAAAAUGGGGAAAUGUGGAGGGAUGCCAGCUGAGAUUGCAGCGGAGCCCGAGCUGGCUAAGUACUGGGCCCAGCGCUACCGCCUCUUCUCCAGGUUCGAUGAGGGCAUCAAGCUGGACCACGGUGAGUCACGGAGCAAACGGAACACACACACUUAAUAAAACACAACCAAUUUCUUCAUACAGGCUCAAGCAGAAAGGGUUCAUCAUAUGGAGGAACUACUUUACCUCCAUAUUGUUGUUAAUAUUCCUCAAGUUUGAGAAUAACUAUUGUAGUCUCCCAACCACAUCUAUUAAUGCAGCCCAAACGGAGGGUCAAAUGCGAUUCAGGAAUGCACUUUAUUCUGAAGAGAAAAUGAUUUUCUCAAGGUGACUGAACGUUAAUUCUUUUUCUCUGGUUGAGAAACGAAUGGCUGUUAUGUCCAAGGUAAAAGCUACAGUUUUGUUGCUCCUGAAGUCUAACAUCAUGUUGUCAGAGAAGAAAAGAGGAAGAGAUGCAGGGAUGUUGGUGGUGGGGAUAUAGAGGGAUGAGAUGGCAGGCAGGGCCCUGUCUGUAGGGAGAAGUGCUGAUGCCAGUGAAGCAUACCUCACAUUUCUCCCUCCUGCGUCACAUGACAGCAGCAGGCUCCCUCCCUGUCUCCCAGCAGAGCAACUCUACUCUCUCUCUCCCUCCCGCUUCCUCCCUCCCUUGUUCCCUCCUCGUGCACAUGUCCUCUAAUUUUAGUGCACCAGACCAUGACUCUGUUUUUAAACACUGAUGCACUGAUAAGAGACUAAUGAUUGGCAUUUUGUAUGCAGAUUAGGUUCAUUUUAAGUAGAAGGAUUAUUUUUCCAUUUCCAACACAAAGUGUAGAUACUGUAGCAGAAACAGAAGCAACCUUGUACUCUAGAAGGACAAAUAUUCAUACCUUUAGUGCUCAGUUAUAAAAGCUUAGUUUUUACCUCCACUGAAAUCCUCCAAAUGCAUCCUUUUGAUUUAGAAUUUUAAACAUUGAUUUUAACAUUGGUUCAAAACGUCAAGUGGUUCUACAACCUAUUUCUGGCAAAGAGCUGAUCUGUUAUCAGAGGGCCAAUCUCAUCCUGCCCAAUCUCUCCCUAUUCUCCAAAGUAUUAGGACUAAUAUGUUCCCCUCGCUCAAAUCAGAAAUCUUUCACAGUGCAUUCUGAAUUCUGUUUGAAAAUGAGAUCAGAGCCUUCAUAACUACUCACUUAUUCAUGUCAACAGAGGGGAGCCAGGAUACAUACCGCAGCAUGACUGAAACUCACUCCAGAUGAUUUACACCUAGUCCUAUCAGAUCUAUAUGGUGUCUGUCGCUCAAUUAGAUACAGGAAGAAAGCCAGAGAAAAUCUCUAUACAGCCUCAUGUGUAGCAGUGUCUGGCAAAUGAUAGAGAGCAGAUUGUGAGGAGGGGUAAUCUAGUCUUUUGGGACUGAAGUCAUGUAGGUUUAAAAAAAAAAAAAAAAAAAAAAAAGCUCUUUAACGUGGUGUUAUAGGUUUCCUUCAGGAACAGCAAUCUGUUUUGAGAAUCCACUGCAAACUGCAAGGAAAAUCUCCUGUCUCAGUGAACAUUAGGAAAAUAAAUAAACUCGUAUUUAUCUAUUUACGGAUCCUCCCUUGAGCUCAACUGGAAAGUCCAUCCAUGUUUCUUUGUGAAACAUCCUCUCCUCAGCCACUUUUCUCAGAACGGAGGGAGGGAUGAGUACUGUAAUGAAAGAGUGAGAAACGUGAAGCGUUAAAAGAGAAGAGUGCACUCCCAUCAUUGUUUGCCUUAGCAGGUGUUUAUUCUCUGAGGAGGCUGUGAAAACAAGCAGCGGAAAAGAAAACAGUGAUGGCUGCUGGAGAAUAAAGGCAGAUGGUCUAGGUGAGGAGAGACAGGAGGAUGUGGUUGGUCUAUGAAGCAUCCCAGUCUCUCCACAUAGUCUAAUAUACCUCAAUAUCCACAGCAUACUUAUUCAAUACUUUUUGGGUUGUCUUGUAUGGUAUAUUCAGGCUAUUCUCAAUGUGAUGGAAAAACACACACCUACUUUAUAUUCCAGCAGGAAUAUUUGUGGCACUAGCAUGACCCACAAAAUGAAUCAAUUAGAUGAUAUAUCAUAUUUCUGGACAAAUUUGGUAAAUCAAAAAUGAAAAUAAAUAUGUGGCUUGAAUAUCAGAUUGGCAUUGUUUGAACAAAACUAUUUGACAGUUGACUGACCCCUUGUGGCUAUGCUUUGCAUUGGCAAUGCCUCCCCCCACCCCCCCAUCCGAUAAAUGAAAUUAUGAUUGAUUAAAAUAUGAAUAAAUAAAUAAAAUAAUUCUACAAUGCAUUGAUUCGCUUUAAAAUAGUAAAAUGAGAGACAUUAUUAAAUGCAUCUUUGUAUUCAGUUUGUUAAAGCCUUUCACUCCUGUCUGUCCGUCCGUUUGUCUGUCUGUCUGUACAGAGGGCUGGUUCUCUGUUACCCCAGAGAAGAUAGCAGAGCACAUCGCCCUGAGGGUCCAGGAGAGUUUCCACUCUGAACUCAUCAUAGACGCCUUCUGUGGAGUGGGAGGCAAUGCCAUCCAGUUUGCCCUCACUGGGAAGAGGGGUAUAGUAGCAUCAUAUUUGAGCCAAACUUCAGAGGCUCCUUUGAUUUAAUAUCUUAUCAACUUUUUUAUAAGAUAUUUUUCCUGACCCUGUGACGUGACCAGGAAAACCUCUUGGCCCUUAUUAUAUCCUAUAGGUUAACAGUUAUAAUGCAUCAUAUUGUCCUUAGUGGUUCUCCCUGUGUGUCUGACUCAGUCUGCAUCUCGAAUGGCACCCUAUUCCAUAUAUAGUGUAGUUAUGGGCCAAAAGUAGUGCACUACAUAGGGAAUACGGUGCCAUUUGAGAUGCACCCUGACCGUCUAUGUCCCUUCCCCUUCCUCCAGACAUUUAUACAGAUAUAAAGCAUGUUGUCCUGAGUGGGAUUCCGUGUGUGUCUGACUCUCUGUCCUUCAUGUCCCUUCCCCCAUGCAGUGCUAGCCAUUGACAUCGACCCGGUGCGUCUGGCCCUGGCACAGCACAACGCCCAGGUCUACAAGGUGGCAGAGCGCAUCGAAUUUGUGCAGGGAGACUUCCUGAAGCUGGCACCGCAUCUGCGGGCGGACGUGGUGUUCCUCAGCCCCCCCUGGGGCGGCCCAGACUACCUCAGCGCAGACGUCUUCGAUAUCAAGACCAUGAUGGCUCCAAAUGGAUAUCCUUUAUUUCUCUCAAUGAAGCUGCUCUCAGGCUAUUAGUCAGGCAACGGGCCAGACUCAGAGACGGGCCAGGACAGAGACAGAUAGAGAGGCAGAGGUACAUGCAGAUAGAGGCAGAGUGACAGGGCCAGCAGUUUGUUAGCUAGCUAAGGGGGAAUGUGAAGGCAGGAACUUUGGAUGUACAGUUCGUUUUGUUGGUGGGUUGGUCUUUGCUUGCCAAUCUGAGUUAGCUAUCUUUUAUAUUUCACUAGUAUUUACUAUUUACAGGCAUUGUAGCAUUAUAUUAUAUUGUCGUAGAAAAGUUUAACACUGUUGUUUUCCUUAACUUUUAAUACUUUUGACAUUUUCAGGUUGUCCAAGAUGAUAUCUGAUAAUAUUGUGUACUUCCUCCCACGAAAUGCAGACAUGGAUCAGGUAGGUUAUUAGGUUAUAUGGACAAGUGGAGGAGUAUUGGCGGUUUGCAACUCAUAUUUUGAUGUUGAGUUUGUGCAUGCUAGUCAUGCUUGGCUAAUUGUCUACCAUUGAUUCAAGAUAUAUUUGUUGAUAUUUCAGUGUAAAGUAGAUAACAGCAGUAUAGUCUAAAGGCCUAUAGAAGUGUGAUGUUUCUGCAGGGCUCCUUAUAUGGAAGCUGCAUCCCAAUUCACCACCCUUAUCCCAAAGUGUGUACUUGCACAUUCCUCAUCAUUGAUUCAAAAGGAUUGGUAUAAGGAUUGGCUAGAGGGAGUUGCCACCAUUUGAUAAAUCCAUGCGAGGAAAUGUGCAAGUGCACACUUCAGAAAAAGUUGGGACAUAGCCGUAGUCAGAGCUGAUGAUGCCAAGCGUCUGCCUGCCCGGCUGAGCCUCCUCUACUGAGCAUGUUCUGGGGAAUGCCCAUACUUCUCCUUUAUUUACAUGGCUUCCCAUCUCUGUGCUCUGUGCUAUCCCAUGGCCUGGGGCUGUAAGUGUUCUCACUGUCAGAUCAAAGGCUCCCAGAGCUGGGAGAGGCUACAUAGGCCUCAUGAAUAUUUCAUUAUGCCAUCCUCAUGUAUGUUAUCAGCAGUCUAACAAAGCAGGCUGUCACCUAUUUGGUAACCUAUUGAUCUACUUAUUUAGCAGUGGCAGAUUUAACUAUUUUUAUUGCAUGUCUACUACUACUUGCUACUAUAAAGCUAUGUCCAUGGUAGCUGUUAUCAGAAGAUAAGAAGUAUAAUGAGCUUAGAAGUAGUACACAACCCUCCAUAUAUAUUUGGACAGUGAAGCCAAAAUAUUUAAAUAGGGCUCUAUACUCCAGGAUUUUGGAUUUGAGAUUCAUGUUUCAUAUGAGGUGACAGUACAGAAUGUCACCUUUUAUUUGAGGGUAUUUUCAUACAUAUCUGUUUGACCUUUUAGAAAUGUACCUAGUCCCCCCCCAUUUGAAGAAGUCAUAAGUAUUUGGACAAAUUCACUUAUAGUGUAUUAAAGUAGUCAAACGUUUAGUAUUUGGUCCCAUAGUCCUUGUACACAGUGACAACAUCAAGCUUGUCACUCUACAAACUUGGAUGCAUUCACAGCAUGUUUUGGUUGUGUUUCGGGUUAUGUUUUGCCCAAUAGGAACUGAAUGGUGAAUAAUGUAUUGUCACUUUUAUUGUAAGCAAGAAUAGAAGAUGUUUCUGAACACUUCUACAUUAAUGUUGAUGUUACCAUGGUUAUGGAUAAUCAUGCAUUAAUUGUGAAUGAUGAUGAGUGAAAAAGUUAGUCAGAAAGACACAUUUUUUUAAAUGUAGCUUCGCUGUCCAAAUAAAUACAGAGGUGUAUAGAACUACAUUGACCCAAGCCACCCAGUUGAUCAAUUGGUACUAUUUGCGUAUUGGCUAAUGGUUCUAGGCCCCUAUUUAUUUUAAUCAGAGUUAGUAUUGUUCUUUUUCUGUUCCAUUCUCUAGAGGGGUUUGAUUGUGGUGGUUCUGACUAACUCAUAUAUUUAGGUCAGAGUCUGGUUCUGUUUGGCCUUUACUGUUCCUGUCAGACGACUGUGGCGGCGUUUAUACAGGCACCUCAAUUCUGAUCUUUUUUCCAAUUAGUGAAAAUACAUAUCUGAAUUGGGCUUCCUCUGUAAAUAAUAACUUGCCAGCUUUAUAGGUAUACAGUGAACUAGAUUUACAUACAAAUCUAUUACAUUAUUUAAUGAACAUUUUAAUUGAAAUAGACUUUCAUUAUAUAUCAAGGUGCUGAUUUAUUUCUCUCUAUAUAAUUCAUUUUUAUGGCCAUGACUCUGACUUGUAAUUAGUAUAUAGUAACUGUUGUUGUUUUCUUGUUAUGAUUGUGUUCCAGAUCGCCUCUCUUGCUGGGCCUGGUGGGAGAGUAGAGGUGGAACAGAACUUUCUCAACAACAAGUUAAAGACGAUAACUGCGUAUUUUGGCAAUUUGAUUAAAUCAGAUUGCUAGUUUUAUUUGACCUAAUGUUAAUCAUGAUCUCCGUUUGAGGUCAGUUUUUUUAGUGCAUGUUUGCAAUCUGAUAAUGUGUAAUCUGUAGCUCAGCUGGUAGAGCA